CAGCAUUGUGUUUCAUUGCAUAGGUCAUGCGGCUGGGGUGAGAGCAGUUGGCUUUCGUUAUUAGGCUGAUUACAAGACAAAAAUCUGAGAAGCUGGAGAUUUUAACAAAGGCUUUAUGAGGUUGUGUGUGAGAUCUCUGGGAACAAUCGUGAGCAGAAUGCAUAGACACGCAACAAGAGAGACCUUCCUCGUCCUCUUCCUCAUCAUCAGCAUGACAUGGCCCAUACAUUCAGAGAUCUCCAACUGCGUCAUCAAACGUGAGGAGGAGAGAUGCUUGGAGCUAAUUGCCCUGCAUGACCCUAAUGAUGACGGAAAGUUUGAGUGUCCGUGGGAGUGGGACAAUCUGACCUGCUGGGAGGCGACCAGUGUCGGCAAGGUCGUGGAGGUCAACUGUCCCGAGCUCUUCGAUUUCAUGAGUCCAGAGGAAG